ACAUUGGUUCUUUCGGAGGACGAAGGCUCCGCCCAGACCUCUAUUACGUCCGCUGCAACAACGCCAAACCACCAGGACUCCGGAAAUGUUGUUGCUGGCACUGGAAAUGCCACCGAAGAUGCCACCAAUUCCGUCGAUAAGCCUUGGAUCCCUCUUGUUCAAGCCAUCGACCUCCUUAUCAGAAGCGAUCGCUAUGUUAUUACCGUCUCAGCGUGGCCCCGAAGGAUAUUUCCAUGACACGAUCCCCUCCUUCGCUUCAAGCUCGACUUCAAUUUUAAAGCUUGAUGAGGGAAUCGAGCCCUCACUCGAGCCUCCUCUGCCCGAUGACACAUCUUCUACAACGGUUCGUGACCGACUUAGCGUUCCAUUUUCCUGGUCAACACCCACUUUAUCCGAUGGUUCAUCCACAAUUGCCCCAUCUUUUGCAUCUUUUGCAUCGUUCACAUCAUCUUUAAGGAAGAGAGUUGCAAGCAUUGCGUCGGCAGGCGCUUUCUUUGCCGAAUGCUUGGACUCGAAACCAUAUCGGAUCUUUUCUGUCCAAACGUUCUGCGAAAGCUUAUUCAACAGUCGUCGUGCUGCAAAUGCCAGGAUCGUGUCCGUUCAACGAUAUGGGGAUCUUCAAGGGGUGCCGCAUCGAUUUCUCAUCCUGCAUGUCACUCGAGCCGAUGGAAGAGAGUUCUACCUUCGGUUGGAUCGCAGACGGGACCGCCAAGUCCCCUUGUUGUUGUUUGGGGUACGGGAUUUGGGAACGUCACGCGCGAUAGAUACGGUAUGUAACGGACUCUUCGAUGUCUUUACCGCAGCUAAGAGGCGGUACUACUGA